AUGAGCCGUGGUGCUUUUAUUGAUGAUGAAUGUGAAGAAGAUUUGGAAGAAAUGGAAAUAGAUGAAGAAGAGGAAGAAGGUAAUGAUGACGCUGAUUUUAGCUUUCGAGAUGUUAGGGCAUCAUUACCUCAACGAAAUCGUCAACAACCUUCUCAAAAUAAUAUUUUAAUACCUCCUGGACAGCGUGGGGCAGAUCAUAUUGAAAUGUUUCAAUUUAUAGAGCAAGGAGUUAAUUAUAGUGCAAAAAUUGUUGAUUUAUUAUCAAAAAGUAAAAAUAUUGAACAAUUAAAAAGAAUGGAAACACUUAUUGGAAGACUUUCAAAUUUUGAUAAAGAUAUGGAUAUCGACAGACGGGCAAUUGAUGAGACAAACCGGCAAUUUUCUAAAGACAAUUCUGACAAGAAGAUUUUAAAUGCACAGUUUAAGAAAAUUAGAAAAUCUCUUCAAUUAGAAAAUCCUGGAAGAAAUCAACAAGAAAUUGAACAAAUUAGUUCUCGUUUAACAAAUUAUAUAAAAAUAAUUCAACAACCAGAACAUCAAAAUACUCAAGAAAAUAAUGAUAUAGGUGAAGAAAGUGGAGAAGACGAGGAAGAUGAUAUGGAAAUGCUUGAUGUUUAUUUAACUGAUAAGGAUCCACUUACUAAAAAACCUAUUCGAGAACCUGUUAAGAAUCCGAUUUGUGGACAUGUUUACGACCGUGAAUCGGUGGAAGAACAUAUUAAAUUUCAAAAGAGCCGUCGUCAACUUUACCAAUGUCCAGUCCAAAGAUGUACAAACAUGCAAUUAUUAAAGAUGGAGCAGUUAAUGCCUUUUCCUGAAUUCUUUCAACUUGUACGCCGUGCUCGUAGUCGUUCACGUGCACGCAGCCGAUCUCGAGGAGCUAAUUUAUCGCGUCAAUCAUGUUCUAAUUCAAAUAUUGAGGAUGAUGAAGUUAUUGCGAAAUCUCCGUAAAAUUGUUUAAAAUCAUUUUAUCGAAUAAAAACUUAAAUAUACAAAACAUUUAGGAGUUGUUUUAUGGUACUAUGCGUUUAUAUGCCCACACGUCCGCAAAUGUUUGUCCGCACAUUUUUCCUUUUCCUUCUCCUUUCUCCUCUCACAAGGAUUAGAAAUGGUCAAGUAUUAAUAUACCCUAUUUUCUUUGUCUUCUCCUUCUUUUCUCCUCUCAUUUAGAUUAAAAUGGUCAAGUAAUGAUAGAGGUAAGAAUUUGGCACUCUUCACUUAUAUACAUAUGCCCUUUUUUCUCCAGGUCGAAAUAUUAUGGUGUCAUUCGAAACAGCUCGGAAAGCUUAGUCAAACUAGUUGUGCUCGAAGAAGGUCCGGUUUGGUGUGAAAAUCGAAAAUGCAAGCGAUAGCUCAUUUUAUUAAACUCGUCGAGCUCUGUCGAUAACACCAAAAUCAGAU